AGACCGAUUCGCAGCUCACUCGCCUGUCCUGCGUGUUCCUUUUCGAUAAACCCCAAAUCACGACAGAAUCAUGGCCGAUCAUCCAAGAGACCCCUCGAAGGAAAGAAGCUGAACCCAAAAUUCAUAGAGAUUUUUGCCCGCGGGAGCGUAUAAACUGGUGAGAACAGCAGGGUUGAAGUUAAUCUCAGUGAUUGUUGGUGGUAGAGCUGCUUGACAGAGGUGGGGAAACAUUAUCUGAUAUGUCGAGCAAGACCCGGAAUAUGUUGGAAGGUCUAGUUAAAGAUAGCUCGCUCAAAUGGUUGCUUGGGAAGAGAAGUUCCUUCGAUGAGGAAAUCGAAGAGAUGGGAAGGUCUCCUUCCGCCGGGGCGAAUUGGAUACCUGAGCUUUCUCCUCUGGCCAAUGUGGUUGUCCGGAGAUGCUCAAAAAUACUCGGGAUUUCUUCAAGAGAUCUGCACGAGAGUUUCAAACAAGAUGCGCCUGAAUCCUUAAAGCAUCCAUCACGGUUUGCUAGGAACUUUCUAGAGUAUUGCUGUUUUAGGGCACUUGCUCUGUCUGUCCAAGUGGUGGGUCAUCUCUCUGACAAAAAGUUCCGACGCUUAACCUUCAAUAUGAUGGUUGCGUGGGAAUUCCCUGCAGCUGCUAGCCAAUCGUUACUCAGUGUGGAUGAUGAUGCAACUGUGAGUUUAGAAGCAUUCUCCCGGAUAGCUCAAGCAGUUCCAAUUAUCGCUGAUGUGAUCAUAUGCGAGAAUUUGUUUGAUGUGCUGACUUCGUCAGCUGGUAGUCGGCUUCAAUUCUCGGUUUAUGACAAGUAUUUAAAUGGGCUAGAAAGAGCUAUAAAGAAGAUGAAGAAUCAUUCCGAGUCAUCUCUUCUUUCCAAUAUUCGAUCAAAAGGAGAAAAGAUUUUGGAAGUGGAUGGGACUGUUACUACCCAACCUGUUCUUGAACAUGUGGGUAUAUCUACAUGGCCAGGCCGACUAAUUUUGACCGAUCACGCGCUUUACUUUGAGGCUCUUCGUGUUGUGUCUUAUGACAAGCCCAAGCAAUACGACUUGUCAGAAGAUCUAAAACAAGUUGUUAAACCCGAGUUAACUGGUCCCUGGGGCACUCGACUUUUCGAUAAGGCGGUCUCUUACAAGUCCAUUUCCUUAUCAGAACCAGUGGUAAUGGAGUUCCCUGAGCUCAAAGGCCACACCCGACGUGAUUACUGGCUCGCAAUAAUCCGGGAAGUGUUAUACACUCACAGAUAUAUAAACAAGUUCAAGAUCACAGGUGUGGCGAGGGAAGAAGCUCUCUCCAAGGCCGUGCUCUGUGUUUUGCGAGCUCAAACCAUUCAAGAACUGGGUUUUACGAACCCUGCUUGCUUCGAGAAUCUUCUCUUGUUUAACCUCUGCGAUCAACUUCCGGGUGGAGAUCUGAUUCUCGAGACGCUUGCAAAGAUGUCGAAUUCGAGAGAGCUUGAUCGAACAAACAGAACUGAAGAUGGAGGGACAUCGUACACGAUGUCUGCCUCAGACGUGGUUUCACAGUUAGGUUCUGUGUUUGGGACAACAAGUCCAAGGAGCAGGACGGGCGAAAGGAGUAGUCUCAUGGUGGGUGAGGUCGCGGUGGGAGAGAUGAGUCCACUGGAGAGAGUGGUGAAGGAGUCACGGAAAAACUACGAGAAAGUGGUGAUGGCUCAGGAGACGGUCCAUGGAGUCAAAGUGGAUGGGAUUGAUACCAACAUGGCCGUCAUGAAGGAACUGCUUCUUCCAGUAAUGGAAGUCGGGAACUGGUUCUUGUCGCUGGCCUAUUGGGAUGAUCCCUUCAAAUCUUUUGUCUUCUGCAUCAUCUCCACCUUCAUAAUCUGCCGGGGAUGGAUUGGCUAUGUAAUGGCGGCUGGGUUUCUCUUCUUUGCGGUUUUCAUGGUUCUGACUCGGUGUUUCGGAAGAGAAAAGGGAGAGAUGGGGCUAAUGGUGGUAGCCCCUCCUCCUAUGAGCACCAUGGAACAGCUUUUGGCCGUACAGAACGCCAUCUCACAACUCGAACAGCUCAUCCAAGACGGAAACAUCGUUCUCCUCAAGUUCCGAGCUUUACUGCUUUCCCUCUUCCCCCAGGCGAGCGAGAAGUUUGCAGUGGCGAUGGUGAUAAUGGCGGUAUCAAUGGCGUUUGUGCCAUGCAAGUAUUUGUUUCUGCUAGUGUUUUUGGAGGCGUUCACGAGAUAUUCGCCAGUGAGGAGAGCGAGCACGGAGCGGCUGAUGCGGCGGCUGAGGGAGUGGUGGUUCAGCAUUCCGGCGGCUCCGGUGGUUAUUGAGCGGGAAAAGGAAGAAGAUAAGAAGAGGAAGUGACACUGCGAUGUUUGCACAAGGAAGUGAUGAUACGACGCCGUUUUGGGCGAAAAAGCGGUGUGAAAAUACCGUG